GUUGCUAACCGCUAUUUAGAAAUCGAAGAAGAGAAAAAAAAUAAAGAAGAAGAAGAAGAAUACAGACUAUACAAAAGCAGUGCUAACUGCGAAUUAUAACAAAAUAAUGGGGAAAAAUAAACAGCCGAAACCAGCAGAGGCAUUAAUAAAAGGUGCUAAGACUGGACAGCAUCAAAGCAAAAUGUCUAAACGAGAUGGCAAGCCUAGACAGGAUGAGCAUCUUGAGCAGAUUCCAUUCCGCCUCCGAGAAAUUAUGAAGAGCAAGGAGAGAAUGAAGAUGGGGCCCAGCAAAGCUAAGAAGAUGAGAAAAGCUGAUGCCAUCGGCCUCACUCCCAAACCUAAACCAGGGGAAGCUCCAGCUGGCGAUAUCCCUGUUCCACACUUCCGUAGAAAGAAGAAGGAGAGUGAGAAGGCGUACCUGAGGAGGAUGGGGAACGAGGUGGACCAUGUCCUUUUCCUCACCAAGAACCAGGUAGAAAGACAGCCAGAGAAGGACCUGAAGGAUCAAGAGAAAGCUACUGGCACUGGGAAAUGCAAGUCUGACAAGAAAAAGGAGUAUGACAAAAGUCGGCUGGACCGGCUACAUGAGAAGAAACUGAACAGAUGGGAAGAGAAGGCUGAAAAGGACAUGUUCAUUGAUGAAGUCCCCUUUGGAGAAGUUGCCAUGGCACCACCGACUCUCAGUAUCAAGCCCAGGAAGGCAGUGAUCAAGCACCAGGGUGUAUGUAAAGGUCUCCUGCUAAACUCUCUGUUGGGCCAGACCCAGGCCUCCACAGCCAAGCCCUCCAUGGCUAGGCAGAAGAUGAUGGAGGAGGAGAGGCAGCGGGUGGUGCAGGCCUACCGCCACCUGAAGAAGCAGAAGCUCCAGCACCAGGAUGCCAAGGAAGCUGGCAUAAAGAAGCUUCUAGACCUCCAGUGAGACUCCAGUCUGGCACAGGCUGUGGUCCUUUUUGCUGCCUAACUACCCAAGGUUGCCUUUUUGCCGUCCCUUCAUUACACAGUGGACUGGUAUGAGACAUCCAGAAUCCUCCUAGGUUUUACCAGUUUUUUAAAUCCAUAGGGGCAGCGGAGUAGGUGCACACUUCAAGGGAAAGGGUAGUCAAGCUGACACCGUGACAAAGGACCUUUCAUCCCAAAGGAUUCAAGUCAUAAUACGUGUGCAGAUUACUGGAAAUGCAGCUUUUUGUUUAUGUACAGAAAUUCCUGAAGAAAAAGCUUAUUAGACCUUUUUUCACUUUUAGUAGUAUUCUGUAACCAACAAUAUUUAAAUAAAAACAAAUGGAUAAUUUCUUUGAAUAAUAAUACGUUUACUGUCAAUACCUUUGUUGCAUAAGUGUGCUCACUCCACAACAGCAGUAAGUCUGUUUGGGUAGGUUUCUAUCAUCCUAGCACAUUGAUUUAGCAAUUUUAUCCCAUUCUUCAACCUCAGCCUCCUGUCCACAGACCUCUUUAGGUCAUUUUACUAUAUGAAGUUGUUAAUUGUCCUCUACGCUGACCAGAGACAGUGUUCCUGCUGAAGACAAUUAGAGAUGUUGUUGAAGAGGAAAUGUUGGAAAAUGGAAUUCACUGCCAGAAAUGAGCGUCAGACGCUCAGUGACAGCGGUGCUUGUUUUCAGCCGCACACUAUUUUUGUAUCAUCGUUAUCUUCAUUUGAGGCAGUGAAUGACUGCUAUGACAUGGACCAAACGAGGACUCUGUGGAGACUUGUUGAAAACACUUUUUUUUGUUAUAUUGUUGAAUGGAAUACACAUCUCAUGUAACGGCCAUGUUGUAACAAGCAAAAGAAGCCUUGGCCUAUCACCCACUAGGUGGCAGUCAGGCUUUUUAAUAGAAUCAUCAGUAACUUGGUCAUUGUAAUCUUUAAUAAUUAUAAUAAUGUCUGGAGAGAAAUUUGCUUUAAAAUGUAAUAUGAAGUUGGAUGUACAUACAUUCAGGUUUUAAAACAAUUAGGGUAGACUGUCUCACUGCUACAUAUGCUAUUUAUGUUAAAAUGUAAGCUAUUUGGUUGACUGUGUUAUUCAGCGACUUGCAUUAGUGAGUAUAUCUGUUUUUAUAUUUUGUUACCAGUAAAACAAGUGGUUCAAUCAGU